ACACCGCGACAACAUGUUUCUACUUUUUCCUAGGACAACGUAAAUAGUAAAGCUCAACAUUUGUUUUUUAAUCUUAGGAUGUGAAUUGGGAAACUAAGCGAGCUAAUUCUACAAGCCACUUCAUCUAGUUUUCUUUAUCUACGUAAAAAAAAACCGGAAGUCCUUUUCUCUCCGUAUGCAGAUGUAAACACAUGGCUUGUGGUCCUGUCUGAUGCUCAAUUAUGCCAAAACUCUUUGAGGUAAAGUUUCCAGGAGAAUGUAAGGCGCUUCCCGAAGGUUUCUGGUCAGCUGUGGACGUGUGGAUAAAGAAACCCCACGUGGUGAACAAGCGUCUGUGCGGGGUGAAGGAGACGGAGAGUAGGGAUGUGGGCAGAGAGGCGGUGCUGUCGCUGCUGGAGGAGCCUGACCUCGCUCAGGAUGUGCUCUCCUUCAUGACCUGCUGUAGGAACACACCUGAGAAUACACACGAGAAGGAAACCCCCUGGGUCUCCAGCGUCAGGACGUUUAUUCCUAAAGUCAACAACUAUGGGACGAACCUGCAUAAGGAGGUUAUCCUCAAAGACUUCGGCAGACAACAGGUGACAUUUGUUCCGUUUGAAGAGGAUUCAGAAGGAAAGGUCUCUCUCAAGAGGGGAAACAUUUAUCAGUUCCAGCUCCUCCAUCAGGACUGUGAGGAAUGGUCGUUGGAGCUGCAUGUUUUGGCCUCAGACCAGUGGUUCUCCGAUGGCGUGGCGUACCCGAGGCUGCCCUGGCUGUCCUCAGAUCUGCUGCCCAAGCUGGUGCGCUGGGCCACCGAGUGCAAGAGCAGCGAGUUCAGGAGCACCUUGUCCCUGCUGCCGGUGGAGAAGUACAGCGUCAUGUACCAGACGCUGAAGGAGAAGUACAAGGCCAUGGUCAAGGUUUGGCCUGAGGUUACAGAUCCUGAGAAGUUUGUCUAUGAGGACGUUGCCAUUGCUACAUAUCUCCUCGUGCUGUGGGAGGAGGAGCGAGUGGAGAAAGGUCUGACUGAAAAACAGUCAUUUGUGGACCUGGGCUGUGGAAACGGCCUCCUGGUUCACAUACUGGCCAACGAAGGGCAUCCUGGAAAGGGCAUCGAUGUUCGGAGGAGGAAGAUCUGGGAUAUGUUCGGCCCCCAGACUCUGCUGGAGGAAAAGGCAAUUACUCCCAGCGAGAGCUUCUUAUUCCCGGAUACGGACUGGCUGAUUGGGAACCAUUCGGACGAACUCACACCCUGGAUCCCCGUUAUAGCUGCCAGAUCAUCUUAUUCCUGUCGGUACUUCGUCCUCCCCUGCUGCUUCUUUGACUUCUUUGCAAAAUACCAGAGACGGCAUUGUAAGAAGUCUCAGUAUAAAGAAUACAUCGACUUCAUCACGGAGGUCAGCGUAGUCAGUGGCUUCAACACGGAAGAGGACUGCCUGAGAAUACCUUCCACCAAACGGGUGUGUCUGGUGGGAAAGUCAAGAAACUACCAGAUAUCUCACGAGGCCGAGGCAGAGGAGCGAAGAGCUCAUUACAUACAGAGCCGCCAGAAAGCCCCUGGGGCCACAGUUCAAAGGUCAGACAUCAGAAGUGAUGGGAACUGUUGCCAUGGAGAGGGAGACCCUGACAGGACCCCUGACAGCAGCUGGGGAGUUGGUUUCCAGCCCAGAGACAAGGUGGAAACGGUUCGAAACUGUGCUGCUCUCCCGCGGGACUUGGUCAACGGUGUGGUCCUGCAGGUUGCUAAUGUAAUCCUGGGAAUGACUGAAGAGGAUGGCGGAGGGUCCUCCAGUGACUGGAAUCGAGGAGGAAGCCUCUCUGUGAACGAGGCGGCUGGGCUGAUGAAGCAGGAAACCCUGCAGCUCCUGAAGAAGGAGUGUGGAGGCCUCCAGACGCUGCUGAAGAACAACCACCAAGUCUUCAGAGUGGAAGGAGGGCGGGUGUAUAUAAGAGACUGGCGGGACAGGAAGGCCUCCAGGGCGGAUACAAAAAGAAAGCCCCUCGCCCCCGGGGCCCUGAAAACUCGCGCCUGCUGGUUCUACGACCACCACCCUCAGCGCUGCCCCCUGCAGGCCGAACUCUGUGCCUUCGCCCACGGACCUGAUGAGCUGCGACCCUCGACCAAACCUCUGAAGAAGAUGAGACACAAUGCCUUUAUUUGAACUUGAGGAACUUUCCAAAUGAACACUAUGUGUAUCUCUGCCCAUAGAACUUCCUGAAUAAGUCUCCACUCCCAGCCCUGAAGCCACAAAGAGGAAGAAGUUCAGAUCCAAGCAACAUUACGUCAUUUCUGGGAAAGUUUUACAAUAUUCUCUCCCUCUGAGCCAGAUGCAGCUUUAGCUUUCACUGUUAUAGCUCGCUGACAUCUCUAAUUUCAAAUUAUCCUUUUAUUUAUUCAAGGAAUAGAUUUUUGUAAAGCUCAAUUGUACACUGAAUAUCGCUUAAAGUGUAUUUCAAACUACAUUUUUCCUUUUUUAUUUUAAGAUAAUGAAGUCCUUUAUAGACUUUUCUUUUGCUGACCACUUUUCAACUUUCACUGCAUAAAAACUCUAAAAGCUGUUAUAUAUUUCUUUGAAGGCUGUUAAUUCACCUCAAACAGGUACUUUGAGGUUCACAGGCAGGGCGGUGGAUAAAGAACGGACGGCGUUUGAACAAAGUAAAUGUUAGUGGCAUGAAUUAUUUGUAGGCAGGAGUUGAGGGGUGAGCUGCGUGUCGUCCCCUCUGGACGGGCGCUCACUGCUGUGUCUCUCUAACAGCUGCCUUCACCCCGUGGCUCAAAUGUCAAAAACAGUAAGGCCCACCCAGGGACUGCAGCAUGGUGAUGGGAAGUAUGUCCUCUGGGUUCGUUUAUUAAUCUCCGUGCCAUCAAUCUCAAAUUAUUGAUGCAAUAAGGACAGACUAUUUAGAUCAAUCACAUUCAGAUGAAGAAUUGAAAUUGACAUUAAGAUGUGGAAAAUGCUGUCAGGAUAUUUUUUUAAGUCAGCAAGCUGUGUGCAGUAUUCCCUCAUAAAAGCUUCACACGAAAGGUAUGUAAGACAUUUACUUAGUUUUUAUGGUAUUUUAUGGAAGCCUUUUUCUGCCAGGUAAAGAAAACAGAUACCCAAAUGUGUAUGCAUGUGAGGCUGGCCCGUUGGAUUUUUCUGUGGAUGUAUAGAGAGGCGAAGUCCCUGCCUUUCUGGGGGACCUCCAUGGGACCUUAUUUCGGAAAAAGUAUGUAUUGAA